ACCUGUGAAAACACCGACCAUGAACGUCGAAAGAAUUGAAAAACUUGAAGACAUUCUCCCCUUGGACGAAAACAAGACCAUAAUAGACCACCAAGUGAAGCGUUUGACAGCAGCUGGUGAAAAUUAUGGUAGUUUAAUGCUCAGUGUUGAUAUCACCGUCCAAAAUGCUUACGGUACUGAAGAAAUCCACACCGUUGCAAAAAUGGUACCACCAAAUGAAUUUAUCCAGAAAGUUUUCAACACCCAGACGACCUUCAAAAAUGAGAUUGCCUUUUACAAUAAAAUAGUACCGGUUUUGCACGAGUUCCAGAGGGAGCAAGGUAUGGACGAACUUGUAGAUUUUUCCCCGAAGUACUGUGGAAGUCGGAUAAAUUUAAGUGGAGAUCCGAGUGUUGUGGACUCAGAUGCUAUUCUUCUGCUAGAGAAUUUGAAAACAAUCGGCUACAGCAAUUUCGAGCGAACAUUAGGAUUUGAUUUAGACACCUCUAAAUUAAUAGUCGCUGAUUUGGCACAGCUGCAUGCAGUCUCGUUAGGACUGAAAUUGAAAAAACCCGACGUGUUUGAAACUGAAGUUAAGAAGUACUUGGGAACUUUCAACCCUCCACGAUCCAACCCAUUCCUCCAACAUUUUUUUGCUGUUAUUGAUAAAAUAGAUGAAUUGAAACUUUUGAGGGAAAGAAUUCAGAAGGUUUUCGAUAACCCUUUGCCACACAGCGAGGCCCGCGAACCAUUUGCCACCUUUAUACACCAGGAUUGCUGGGUAAACAACAUAAUGAUUAAGGUAGAAGAACGAAAAUCCGUCAAAAAUAAGUUGGUUGAUUUCCAAGUUUGCGACUACGGAUCUCCCGCUAAAGAUUUAAUUUUCUUUCUUUUCUCAAGUGUACAGAAUAACGUGGUGGAAAAACAUUACGACGAUAUAGUCCGGUACUACCACCAAACGUUCACGUCGAUUUUGCAGAAACUCAAAUGUGAGAUUACAAGUUUCUCGUUUGACGCUUUCUUGAAGGAAAUUAAUUAUGAAGCUGCCAAUUCGCAGUUCAGGCAUUUGAUGUUCAUGACUUUCCCAAUGUUUGCACCAAAAGGGACGGUGAAGGAGUUGUCGGAGCUGACGCCAGACGAUCUCAUAUCGGAGUCAACCGACAUCACGGAUCUUCACAAAGAAAAGCUAAUCUUUAUCAUUCGUCAAUUUGCUAAACGCAACUGGAUUUAAAUAAAUUUAAAAAAAAAAUCGUUGUUUUUAUUUA